AUGGCUAAACCAAAGCAAAUUGUUAACUUUAUUCGGUCAGAGACUGAUCUAUUCUCUGAACCCGGCUACGACUUGACUCUUGCCAGCUCACACCGAGUUGAUUAUCAUCCAAUAACAAACAUUUCAGAUCGAUCCACUCCUCUGACAUUUAUUAUUCAAGGAAAUGAUUCACAAUACAUUGACUUUUCUGAAACACAACUCUAUAUUCGCUGCAAGAUUGUAGAUAGCAAGGGAGCUGAUAGGGAUGCUGCUCAAACUGAUACUGCGCCAGUUAACAAUUUUCUACAUUCAAUGUUUAGUCAAGUUGCUAUUUAUUUUAAUGAUACGCAAAUCACUUCCCCAACUUCAUUAUACCCAUACAAGGCUUACUUGGAGACUCUGCUAUCUUUUGGCAAAGAGUAUACCAAGACUCAAGCAAUGGCUGCUCUGUAUCACAAAGAAGCAGAUCCAACCACAGGAGAUGAAGGGUGGAAAACUCGAGAGAAACUGGCAAAUAAUAGCAAAGUGUUUGAACUGUGUGGAAAACUGAAGACGGAUAUAUUUAACCAAAACCGAUUUUGCAUCCCAGGAAUUGAUAUAAAAAUUGUACUAUAUCGAGCACCAGACAGUUUUUGUCUGCUAAGCAAGACCUCCGGAUCAGCACAAGAUGCAGCACAACUUCACAUUAUGGAAGCUAAAUUUGUUGUCCAAAAGCAUACUCUACUUCCAUCAAUUACAAUGGGACAUUUAAGAUUAAUGGAAAAGGGUCAACCUGCAUGCUAUCCAAUGCGAAGAGGAGACAUGAAAUCAUUUUCCCUAUCUGCCGGAACACUACAGUAUACAAACGAGAGUCUAAUUACGGGUCUUUUGCCAGAUCGUCUUGUAGUCGGCAUCGUCUCGAGUAAAGCUGUACACGGACAUUACAAUGAAAACCCAUUUAACUUUCUUCAAGCAGAUAUAUCAAGCAUCACUGUAACCGUGAACUCUGAGCAAGUAACAUCUCAAACGUUUGAACUUGAUUUCGAUAAUAAGAAAAGUAUUGAAGCGUACUUUAGCGUAUUUUCGGGACUGGGUCUAUCAAAUCUUGACACUGGAAUAGAACUAACGUUCGAUAUUUUUAAAACUGGAAAAACUCUCUAUGUUUUUGACUUGAGACACCAACAUGAUGGGUUCGCCAUACCAAGACAUGGAAGUGUGAAAAUCGAGAUAAAGUUACGAAAUGCAACUACGUCUGCCCUAACAGUUCUUUGUCAUUGUGAUUAUCAAUCAGUUUUGUACGUUGACAAGAAUCGACAUAUUUACUUUAAGGACUACUCCAUGUAA